GGCAGGAACUGAUUCAGCGCCCAGGAGCCUCAGUGUGAGUCAUUGAGCUCCUACCCCGCUUCACCGACAGUCGGGAUGUGACCCCGGAACAGGACGCCUCCUCGCAGAAAAAAAAAAAACAACACACACACACAACACACACCAUUCAAAUAAAACACAGAGGGGGGGAGAAACGGAUCUGGAGCAGAAGAGGGCAACGGGAGCAGGGGGGAUGAACCGAGAGGAGGCCCCAGGGAAGUCUCACGAGGAGAUGUAUAUCCAGCAGAAGGUGCGCGUCCUGCUCAUGCUGAAGAAGAUGGGAUCAAACCUGACGCCCAGCGAGGAAGCCUUCCUGCGGAAUUACGCCGGCGUGGUUCACAGCCAGAUGAGUCAGCUGCCGCAGCACCCCAUCGACCAGGGCGCAGAGGACGUGGUAAUGGCUUUCUCCAGGUCAGAGACAGAGGACCGGAGGCAGUGACCCCUAGUGGCAAAAAUAAGUGACAACACUACAACUACUGCAGACAGCCGGUGGGGGGGAGGUGGGCGGGCUGCCGACGCUGGAGAGGAAGGUGACCAGAAGAGUCCUGGGCGCUGACCACUCCGUCCUCUUCCUUUAACGUGACCGUCAUUAAGCCUAUCUGUUUGUUCGGGCCUGGUGCUCUCUGGACAGGGUCAGAAAAGACUACGUGAAAAGAAGAGGAAAAGAAUACCUAUAAGAAUGGACUAGUCCGUGUCUCCUUUCUGGUUCUGUUUAUUGCCCUUGUGGGUUUGUGUGGUUUUCUCGUUUUGUUUUGUUGUGCUCUGUGAUUGGCUGGAAGGAAUUCCAGGGCGAGUGUCCCGAAGCUUGAUUGGUUAGAAGAGAGGAAGGAAGCAGAGAGCUCCGAAACGUGAUUGGUUGGGAGUCUUGGUAAGAAUCAUCUUAGUGGGUGAUAAAAAAUUUGUAUUCAGUGAGUUGGCUGGGGGACGUCAUUCUUGAGAGGAGCUCUUUAAAUUUGCAUCUGUGAAUUGUGAUUUUUUUUUUCAUUUUAAUUUUGAACAACAGCCCGUUACCUUUCUUAUAGAUGUGUUAGAGAAGGAGCUAUCUUCUUCUUGCUGCACAAUUUAAUAACAAGCAUCUUUUCCUACCAGUUUUCCAAACUCACCCUGCUGUGGAUUGCACUGUGUUCUCUGCAGUCAGGCGAGCUGCAGUAGAGGAUAAUAGCAUCCCUAACUAAUUUUAAUCGCCACACACACCGAAUCACUCACACCUCAGGAUUUGCAUGACCCUUUGUCGUGGUCAGUACAGACUGUAAAAAUUAUUGCCUCUCUUGAUUGUACAGAAAUAACAUGAAAAUAUUGAAAGUGAUCCGGAUUUGUUUAAAAACAACCCUCCAAAUUUAUAAACAAAUUAUGAGUUAUUGUUUUUUUGUGGGAACUAAUUGAAUGCUACAUUUUUAAAUGACAGGAAAAUAAGAGGAUGAAGGGGUAUUAGGCGCAAAGGUAGUCAGUUUUGUUGAUUAUGGAAGUUGAGGAAGGCGGAAAAGGCUUCCCACGUUUGAUUUUAAACUAAUCCUAUUAUUAAAGUUGCAGAGGAACAAAGAAUUUGAGAGAAGGUGAGUAGGUGGUUUGAGGGGUUAUUUUGCAAAUAUGGUAAAGUACAAAAUGACUGAGAUGGGGGAUUUGUAUGCAAGUUUGAUUAUGUCCACAAGAACAAAAGACUUUAAAGAUCAGUUUCACUCACCUGGUUUAAUAAUGUGAUGCUUUAAAUCCUAAAUGCAGUUUAACCCCAAAUUGUAGAUAGAUACACCUAACAGUUUUUACAAUACGAUGCUGAGCAAUCGUCAGGAAAGGUCACCACCACCAUACUAUUGAGUGGAAAAGAGUUUGGUUGUUUCCUUUUAACCUUCUGAUAGUGGAAGGUUUCUUAAAAAAAUAAAAUUGUGAUUUUUCUUUGUACGUUUGUUGAUUUAACUGGAAUUUUUUGUGUACGCUUUGCAUAGAUGUCUUGUGGUUGUAUUACUUAACUGAUGCUUUGUAUUUAAUAUGGUUUUUAGUUUUUAUCCUUCCAUUGUUUCCUCGUUUUGUGUUGCUUAACUUAAAAAUGAGAACAGGUAUGAAAGACUUAAUGUUUUGAGAUCAAGCAUGCCCAGCCUGUGGCUUACCCUGCUCAAAGCUCUGUGUGCGUCUUAAGACCAUGGCCUCAGUCACUUCUGCUUGUAAAGACAAUACAGCUUUUGUGUAACACAGCCGUAGAUCGAUUUAAAACAGAAAAGAUGAUCAGAAAUCCUGGGUAAAUAUAUUUUAUGUCCAGUUUCUGAGCAUGGAUAUUUUAUUUGGCCAAUGCAACAGUCUUCAUAAGAACAAAAUACGGUGCCAUUUCUUAAAAUAAUGGUUGUACCUUUUUAAUUUGUUUUGUACUUGUUUUGUUUUUUCUAUGCAUUUUUUGAAGCAGAAAAAGACACUGAGCUUUCAGACACAAUCUGUAGUUCCAAUGUGGGUGUGUGGUUGUUGUAGUUUGAUAUCUCAACUUUAUAUUUACAAGCAGCAUUAGCAGCAUGCCUUCCAUUGUUAGCAAUAGAGCUGUAUUAGUUUAAUGUGAUUCAUUAGACUGAGUUCUUAGCAGUGGUCUAAUUCCUAAGACAAUUUGUUUCCAGUUAGAACUGAACUUCAUUAAUUUAUUCUUGGGUGGCUGUUGACCAAGUAAGACUUCUGUCUUGGAUAAAUGCUUCCAAUCUCUGUAUGGUGGAAUCAUGAAAGAUAUUUUAAUGUUACCCUCUCAAGAUAAACUACACGUGUCUCCGUUUAGAGUGCGCCUCCACCUUAAGUUGUCAUCGCUGUUUAAAUCCUGUCGCCACAGACCGAACAGGAAGUUUGGUUUUAAUAUUCUGAAGACUGGCCACACGCUUUCAGGUGAGGGACUGGACCCUAGUCCUAAAAAUGUGGAUUUCAGGGCAAAAGGUGGCUGUUGGUUUAAAAAUGAAUGAAACGAAUAGAGCUACAUGUUUGUUUUCUUAUUCUUUCACGGUAGUUGACAUUGAACACAUAACCAACAUCAGUAUAUUCUUUAUUCAUGCAAAAGAAAGGUUCAGACUGGAUCAUCGUUUGUUCUAUUUUGUUUUCCUUUUAAAAGAAAUGCUGUAUUCCUUAUAAUAAUUGAGAACAACAAGAAUAAAAAAGAAAUUUAUAACCAA